GAUGUUCCUAUGGCGCGCGUCAAAUUCAAUGUCAACACCGAAUACGCCUACCUCCAAAACUUCAAGGUCCUUCAGAAUCUUUUCAAACGCCACCAGAUUGACCGCCCCGUCCCCGUCGAGCAGUUGGUAAAAUGUCGCAUGCAGGACAAUCUUGAAUUCCUCCAGUGGGCCAAGAAGUUUUGGGACCAGCACUACCCCGGGGGCGACUAUGACGCCCUUGGUCGCCGGAAAGGCUCCGGCGCCCCGGCUACCGGUCCGGUGUCUGCUGCUCGUACAACCAGCGCUGGAGCUCGCCGUGGCACCACACCUACGGGCGCCGGUGGCGUGCGACCUCGCGUGGGAGCAGGAGUCGGUGGUGGGAACUCGGCGGCGUUGAACCAGGAGAUUGCGGCACAAAAGGAGGCGAUUGCUGGCCUUGAGAAGGAACGGGACUUUUACUUUGCCAAGUUGCGCGAUAUUGAGCUGCUGUUGCAGACUGCUGUUGAGGCGGACCCAGAAUUGGAAAAGGAGGAGGAUUCUUUGGUGAAGCAUAUCCAGGGCAUUCUUUAUUCGACCGAGGACGGCUUUGAGAUUCCGGCAGAAGAGGAAGAGGCAGGCGGAGAGGAGCUCGAGACUUUCUAG